AAAAAAAAUCUAAAAAAGAAAGAAAAAAGAGCUCCCCGUCAUCUCCCCCUCCGACUUCGGCAUGGACAGCACCGCCCCGAACUCUUCUUCCGCUGCCGCCGCCGCGGCCGCCGCCGCUUCCGGUAACGGCGUACAAGGGGUUGCGGGAGGGGACCGUCCCGAGGACCCGUCGAAGCAGAACCUGGCGCAGGUCACGGGCUCGAUCCAGAAGACCCUGGGCCUGCUCCACCAGCUCAACCUCAACGUCUCCUCCUUCAGCUCCGCGUCCCAGCUCCCCCUCCUCCAGCGCCUGAACGCGCUCGUGGCGGAGCUCGACACGAUGCAGAAGCUCGCCGACGGGUGCAACAUCCAGGUGCCCAUGGAGGUCGUCAAUUUGAUUGAUGACGGGAAGAACCCCGAUGAGUUCACCAGGGACGUGCUCAACAGCUGCAUCGCCAAGAACCAGAUCACCAAGGGCAAGACCGAUGCUUUCAAGAGCCUGAGGAAGCAUCUUCUUGAGGAGCUGGAAGAAGCUUUUCCAGAUGACGCUGAAGCGUACAGACAGAUACGUGCUACCUCUGCUGCUGGGUCAAAGAGGUUGGCUCAGUCCCAAAGUGCUUUGCCUAAUGGAGAUGCCAAAGUGAAACCUGAGCAUUGACAGAAUAACCCAAGUGCAAAGAGCAAGAUCUUGCUUUAUAUUUCCUAUAGUUUUUCUUAGGAAGGCUUUGUGAACCAACAACUGAUAUAACCUUGUAUGUGCUGCUCCCUCAUAGGAGUGAUCAAUAUUUAUGUAUAUUAUGUCAUAAUAUUAUGUGUUCAGCUACCCAUUUAUUGAAGUGAAUUACCCCAUGAUGCAUCAUCAAUUUAUCAUACCUGUGCCUAUGAAACUAGUUACUCAGCUAGAUUUGUCGUGUUUUUGUUUGUCUAUGUAGUACCACCAUCAAGAAGUUUCAAAGUGCCUGAUGAAGUUCACUCAUCUGAUAAAACUGGACGUGCCUGUAAGUAUUCUCAGGAACUCGAGAGCCAGAAAUGGGAUUCUUCAUUUAGUGAGUCUUCUAGAGGUGGUGGCCCCUCUUUUGCAAAAGGCUCGAGCUAAAUGUAACUGUCCCUCUUCCUCAGAUGCAUGUCUCAUGUUUAUCUUCUUGGGACAAACGAUGUCUGCUUAGUGCUUGUUGCAUUUGGUUCGCCGUAGUUUGCACACUGUAAGUCUGUAACUGCUUAUACUAGAUUUGACUACAUGGAACUGUAAUUUGGAAUGUUAAAUUUAAUUUAAAUAGAAGGAUAACUUAGUUUCACUCUCC